CGUUGGUCGCAGGCUGACAUAUCGCACUCGCAUGCGUGUCUGCACGUUUCAUGAUGGCCGGCUCGUCUACUAUGCAGCCAGGCUUUCCAUGUCUCACCCGAAUCUCUAUGGCGCUUUUCUCAAAAGUGAUGUCUGCUAUAUGCAUGCGUAUCGUUCCGUGUUUUCCGCAGUGGUGGGCACUAAUGUCAUCAAUCCAGCAGAUUCCCUUGCACGACGCAUCACUUUCCUUGUCAGCUCGCUACUUGCCUGUCUUUCCAUUUCUGUCUGACAGCACGUCGGCGAUCUGUCUCCCAUUCGAACACGUCAGAGACACUCCAAAAUCAGCUGCUGUCACUCGUGCACGAAGGAAAAAUGUGGGCAGAAGUCAGAGGGCUCGACAUGGACGCCAUCCGGAUUAACAACCUGCCGCAUCCAAGAGGCACAACGGAUUCAGCACACACCGCCUUUCAGUUGCUGGAAGCAGGUGUACCCUGGCCAUAGUCGCAUAGAAAAAGGCCAGAAUCCCUAGAGCGAUACUCAAGUUCGCCCACAGGCAUACAAGUGUGCGAUUCCACAGUACGCCCCUCUCUUCCUCUGAUCGCGUGAGUGGCAAAUUAUGCCACCUGAUCAUCACCUGGCGAGAAGAGCACAGAUUGACAAGAUAUGUAUUGGUGGUCGGCAUAGAUAUGUUGUCUUACAACAAAGAGGAAGGCCUCGGCAGCUGCCUCUAGUAAGACCAAAAUGAUCAGGGCGCCGAGUUCCUUAAGAAAGAUGCUGAGAGAAGGACCUGGCGGCAGUACUUGAUGGCCGACCAUUACAGCGAGAUUCGUGGCUACGAGGACAGUGCUCUCCAUUAGAGAAUACAUCUGAGCAGAGGAAGGGAUAAAGAGAGAAAGAGAUGGGGCAACGACAUGUUGUCGUCCGUCUGUGUGUAUCCACUCGUCAACUCACGUGCAUCUGCUCGGUCAGCUGACGAAUGUAUCGAGGUGUUAGCUCUAGUGAGGCGAAUCUGAAGCGAAAAGCAAGCCCCGCCACGGCGUCGGCCGGUGGCCUUCGCCGAUAUGUGUGCAUUUCGUGUGCCCGUGGUACGUACGCUGAGGUGACAGAGACGACGUCCCUGAAAGUCGAUGCUGAGCGCCUUAUCUUCUCGCCGAUGGAGCUUAUCGAUGAGCUCACGGUCGUCAUAACAGUGCCUUGCCGUUGGAGAAAUGCAGACCCCGUUUCACGAUUAUCGAUCGUGUCUGUCACGUCGACUUUCAUAUUGUCACAUGAUUCGUCAGGGGCCUUCGUACAGCGGCCAGAGAGAAAGAAUCGUUUUGCGCCGACGUACAGCAAAAUGCCUGUAUGGCACACGCUGAGUAGAAGAGAGGUCAUGAAUGCCCGUCCUUUUCUCAUCCGGUGCCUACCGUGAGGCAGAAACAGGUCGGUAAUAAGAUCAUAACUAUAGGAGACAGAAAGGGGACCGUGUGCUUCUUGCUGUCUGGCUGUUCCGUCCUUCUUACAGUAACCUGACAAUCAAGAUCGAAUUCAUGACCUUGCUGCCGAAGCUGAUCAUUCUUGCCUAGAGUCAAGUAAGGGGCACGCAUAAGAGCUGGUGACACGGACAGAGAACCAUUACCUGAAGGACCCUGACAAUUCCAACAUCCCACAGAACCAAGCAGGGAGAGGUUCAGGAACAAACACACCACAUAAGCGCGUUUUCGUGCCCACCGGGGUAUCACCAAAUAAGCGGACGCGAUUACUGAAAUCGGAGGAGCCCCAUACGUUGGCGGUCCAUCCUGAUUAACAGACACGUACAAAUUAAGCUCGGUUCCAUCGCUAUAUACCUGUCAAGGUAACUCACCCGUAUGGACCGCAAGAGUUUGUUCGCUGUGUGUGCCCGACAAAAAUGCAGACACAGAAAGACACAUGCAGACGAGUAGGGAGAUGUGUUUGUACUUAGACCGACCCAGAGACACGAGCGGCCACCCGACAAUCAGAGAGAUUAACGCCAGCUGGGUCCUUUGAUUAUCAUCGUGCAGCGCCACCCCAACUGGCAAGACAUAUUGCAGAUAUAUUUGGCCCUGCAGAAAGCCGAGACAGGAGACACUUGCAAGCUUCAGGGCGUAAUCCUGUUUGUUCUUCAUUCCGGUGGCCCCAGCAAAGCUCCGGAAAUAGGCAUAUGGUGCCACAACAAGGCAGCACCACCACAUGAUAGCGAUCACAUUUCGCCUCCACAUGACAUCCCAGCGGGCGUGAUUGGCCACAGAAAUGAGAAUGGACACGAUCAUUGGAAUACCGAAUAUGAAUCGAGAUCUCCACAGCCGAGACACGAUCCUCCUCCCGCUGCAUCCAUCGGUGACGUGCACAACCACCAGGAUUAUCAGGAAUGCAACCAGAAUUCGACGCACGACGUCAAAAGCGAUCCCCAGGAUACCCGUCGAUUCGCAUGGACGAACGCAAAUUAGCAACAGUGCAACAAUACACAGGCUUACGCCGACGGCCGCCGCCAGCUGCCAUAGAAUAACUCGAAGGACUCGCUUGAUGGUCGUCUUAAGCGGCUCUGGGCUGAAAUGCGCGCCGACAAGCACUUCUGUUGUGCUGCCGUCAGGAUGGCUUAUCGUCUUGUACUCGAGAAUUGUUGGAUGUUCUUCGUAUGCCGCUUCGUAUCCUGCAGCCUCCCUGGACAGGCAGGGAGAACAGAGAGGCGUUCAUUUGAGGCAAUUCGGUAAUAUCAUACCUAAAGUCCCGUACCGACUCCGUUAUCGCACGCUCCUCACGACGCAACUGACGACGAGAGGAUUCUCUCGUGUCGACGUGUUCCUCGGCAUCUCCUCUGUCAUCACUCAU